CUCGGUUUCUAUUGGCCUACGUAAAAAACUGAACGAGCUUUAAUUUGAUUAGUUUGCAAGUAUUAAUGAGCCCAACUAAAACUUAUGCAUAAACUUAUAUACUGGAGCCUUUAAUGAGCUGGGAAAUUUAGAUGUGCUGCUCGAUCAUCAAAUGAGCUAAGUUGAUUUUUUUAUUAUCAAACGAGCAAAGUUGAAUUUAACUUCUAAGAUUCGUGUCUUUUCAACACUUUUAUCAAUGUACACAUGAUCUUAAUUAAUGAGUGAGAAUGACCGACAAGCAUUUGUUGUGCAAAAGAGGUUCACAUAUGACAUUAUCUGCAACCGAAGGGAUAGCUCUCAGCUUCUCCGGCCACGCGCCGCCAUGGCAGGUGUUGCGUCCAAGGUCGCCAUCAUCGGCAGCGGGAUCUCAGGGGCAGUGUGCGCUUCGAUUCUGGCAAAGAAUGGAGUGUCCGUCACCGUCUUCGAGUCCGGCAGAGGUCCCGGCGGCCGCAUGUCACAGAGGAGAGAGCGUUGUGAAGAUGGGAGAGAGCUAUUGUUCGACCACGGUGCACCGUAUUUCGCUGUGAAUGCUAGCAAUUUAGAAGUGCAGAGUUUGGUGAAUGACUGGGAAUCAAGAGGAAUUGUUGGGGAGUGGAAAGAGAAGUUUGGUUCUUUUGAUUUUAGUUCCAAAAAGUUCGUCCACAUAGAAGAGGAGGGAUCAGACAAGAGAUAUGUUGGUGUCCCUGGAAUGAACUCUAUCUGCAAAGCAUUAUGCCAUGAGCCUGAAACCAAGUUUGGGCUUGGUAUUGGAAACUUAGAUUGGUUGGAUGGGGAUGAUUCGUGGUCUUUGACAAGCUUGGAUGGUCAAAAUGUUGGUUGCUUUAAGGGAGUGGUGGCAUCUGACAAAAGCACGUUUUCCUCCAGGUUAAGAAGUCUCACUGGAAAACCCCCACCUAUUGGUAAAUUAUGGUCCUAUGGAUAUGCAUUUACUUUUGCCACCAUUAGAGUUGCAAAGCUAUAUUUCUACAAUCUGGUUUCGCUUUCAGACAAGGCCCUACUAAUAAAUGAAAUCCCUGUUACCCCUUGCUUUGCUCUUAUGUUGGCGUUCGAACAACCUCUUUCCUCGGUACCAACAAAGGGCUUUUCUUUCACAAACUCGAAAGUCCUAAGCUGGGCUUUUUGCGACAGCAGCAAGCCCGGACGUUCAAACACCACCAGCGAGUGUUGGGUGCUGCAUUCUACGGCAGAGUACGCAGAGCGUAUUAUCUCUCAAACGGGACUCCAAAAGCCUUCUAGUGAUUUAUUGUCCAGAGUGGCUGAUGAGCUAUUUCAAGAAUUCCAGAGCACCGGGCUCGACAUCUCACAGCCCUUUUUCAAGAAAGCCCAUAGAUGGGGGAGUGCCUUCCCAAUUGCCGGCAUUGCCAGAGAGGAUAAGUGCUUGUGGGUUGAAAAGCGGAGAUUAGCAAUAUGUGGCGACUUUUGCGUGAUGCCGAAUGUCGAAGGUGCCAUAUCAAGUGGCAUUGCUGCAGCUUCAAAGUUUGUUAAAGUGCUCGGUACUCUAUAAACCGAUUUAACACGAAGAUUUCGUAGUCAUUGUGUUAGUGGGGUUGUGUUUCGAAUUUUCGCCAUGUUUGGUAGGUAUAUAUAUGAUAGUGAGCCAGUGAUUGUUACUCUCAAGUUCUGGCUAGAUGUCUUUAUAGUUUGUAAAAUGUUGCUCUACUUGACUUUUUGAGGAAAAGAUAAGUGUGCUCGAGAUCGACUAAAUGUUGGAUAAUGCACGAGUUUUGUGCAAAUUCAACUUGAUUUUCAAUAUUUAAUCCACCAAAGAAUUAUUAUUGA